AUGCCCGCUAAGCACGGGCACCGACCAGCUGCUGCAGAUCCUGGCAGCCCUGGCCUGUCUGUGUGGACAUUUAUGAAAUUCAUGGGCAGUCGGCAUAGAAAGGCCAGGAUCACACCAGCUGAUGUCCAGGCCCAGCCUGACACCAUCCCGACCCAGCUGACAAAUCCUGAUGUCAGCACUGCGUCGACUGCUGUCCCAGCAAAGUGUGACACCGCAACCAGUGAUCAAACAACCCACUGGGACACCACGUCCACCGAUGAUGUGUCACACUGUGACUCUGUGCUGCCUGGUCUCACGGAGGAGGCCGACGCCACAACGACGGAGGGCGUGGCGAGCACUGACGCCGCGCCUGUUCAGCGCCUGGCCGAUACCCCCAGCCUGGAGUUUCUUGAGGAGAGAGCUGUCUCUGCUGAAGUAGCCAUAACACCAGAUGGAGACAUGCAGCAGAGACCCCCCACGGUGCCCAAGCUGGCCUGGGUGAAGGAGGAGGAAAAGGAGGAAAGCCCUAGGGCUGCUCCAGCACAGCAGCCUGAAGAGGUGCAGCAGGUGCAGCCCCCGCAGGAGGAUGCAGGCCAGGAGCGGACAGAAGAGCAGCUCCGUGCCCGUGGCCGCUUCCGCAGGGCAGCACAGCUGGUUUGCAGAUUCAUCAGGUGCAUUUGGCAUGAAGAGGCCACUUUCAUGGCCACUGGGGACAUGGCAAACCUCUUCAAUGCCCAGACCAGCGCUGCCCUGCUGGAUAUGCUGGUGGAGAACGGUGUCUACAAAGCAAAGCAAGUGCCGGCCAUAGUCAGGUGCAUCCAUCAGUGGCUCACAUCCAAUGUGUCUGAUGAGCACAGGCUGGAAAAGACUCUGGUCCUGCUGACCAAGGCACACCCCAUGGAUGUUGCAGUGACCCUGCUGCGCUCUGCCCCAGCCUGUGACAGGUUUACAGUGCAGACUGUUAAAGCCCUGCUGCGCCAGCUGCUGGAUGAGGACGUGUUGAUGGCGAUCGGUCGCAAGAGUGGCUGGGACAUGCUCCUCAAGGCUGACAGCCACCACUAUGCAGUGGGUCUGCUGGCCAGGGAGCUGUGCCAUGUAUCCCGCUCCUUCUGCCGCAGCAUCGCCGUCAGCCUGCUCCCGCGGCUCAGCAGGGGAGAGCCCCUGUGGGAACUGCCUGCCCUGGCGUUCCUGGUGGAGGUCCUGCACUGCCUGAACCCCAGACAAUAUGGGCCCAGCGUCCUGCAGAUUAUUUCCAGGCACCUGCGCAGUCAGUGCCCGGAGAGGCGUCGCCUGGCGCUCCGAGGCCUGGUGGUGCUCAGCAAGGCUCCCUCAAUGGCUAUGAGCAUGCGGAGCCUGAGUGAAAGCCUCCUGGAGCUACUGCAGGAUGCAGACACGGACGCAGUUCAGAUGACCCUCUCCGCAUUCAUCAACAUUCUGCGCUUCCAAAUGGUCAAAAUAUCCAGCCCAAUAGCCCUUAAGUUGCUUGAGGCGCUGCGACCACUCUUUGACAACGAGCUGAUGGAGGCGACAGAGAGGAGCAGGAGCCUAAAGCCACACGUGUACCUGAGUCUGGUGCCAUUCUACUUCAACUGGCACAAUGAGAACAAGCGUGUGGCAGAGGUGAGGACUCGCCUCUUGGAGAGCACUGUUUGGUGCAGCCAGGUUCCUGAAGUGGUGGGAUCUUGA